AUGAUAACGCUAGGAGCUAUGGCCAUCGCCUUUGGGCUUAUUCGCAUCUUCGUCUUCAAAAUCCCAGAAUCGCCGCGCUACCUUCUAUCUAAAGGCCUUGAUGAAGAAGCUGUCGAGGCAGUCAAUUAUAUUGCUCGCUUUAACAAGAAGCCUGAGACGCUGACUAUGGAAAUGUUCUGGGCCAUUGACCAAAAGCUGGAAACCUCCCCCGACCCAAAUCAUCGCCCCUUGCGUGAAUGUACCAAAAGCAUCUCCCUAGCGAACUACACCGAAAAGACGGCACACAAGCUGAAAAGCUACACAGCUCGCAGCUAUCGCAGACUAUUCACUGGCCGCAAGAUGAUACAACACACCACAAUGAUUUUUCUCAUCUGGCUGACUGUAGGAGUUGCAUACCCACUAUACUUUGCCUUUAUCACCUCGUAUCUAGAAACGAAGUCAUCGUAUUCUGUCAACCCGUCGUUAAACCACACUUACAUGGUUUACUGUAUUGUCUCCGCCGUCGGCGUCGUUGGUCCCCUUGCUGCCGGUUUCUGUGUUGAGACUCGUCUAGGGCGGCGCUGGAUGAUGAGUAUCUCUGCCAUUCUAACCGGUGUUUUCUUAUUUGCCUAUACGGCGGUCGGCACCGAGGCCGCCAACAUAGGAUUUCAGUGUGCCACGGGCGUACUAGGAAAUUUCGGUAUGUCUCAAUAUGAACUUAUGUUUUUACACACUAACGAUGAACUAGAAUACGCCGUCAUGUACGCAUUCACCCCAGAGUCCUUCCCUGCACCUAUUCGAGGAACUGGCACCGGCGUGGCAGCCACGCUUUUGCGAGUCGGCGGGUUGGUUGCUUCUCUCAUAUCCACAUACAGUGGAUACACAGUGGUUCCUAUUUAUGUCAGUGCUGCGUUGUGGAUUGUCGUCGGACUGUUUUGCUUCGGCCUGCCGUAUGAGACUCAUGGACAUGCAUCGAUUUAA